AGGGAGGCAGAGGCAGCCGGAGGCAGCAGCGAGAUUCAGGACGCGCCGAGUGCACAGCUUUCCGGGAGAACCCGGGCCUACGCCCGCCCGAGGGCUGUUGAUGCGCCGCCUCCGUGCGCCCCUCGUCAGACGCCGGCGGUUACUGCUUCCGAGGUCAUUUGACUGGGACGCGUCUUUCGGUGCAGACUUGGCGCGCGCCUGCAGGAGCGGCGCCAACCUGCGCCCAAACCCGGGCAAAUGACUUCCCUCUGCCCUCGCUCAGUGCUCGGCUACCAUUUCCUUCCGUCUUUGCUCCGCUCUGUGUUUAACGGCGCGCGCCAGGCAAGACCGGGGACGGAGGCCGCAGGGCUCUCCUGGCCAGGCUCGCCCCUGGAUCCCACCCCGCGGGGGGCCGUGCAGCUCCCGGUGCUCCGGCCGCUGACCAGCGCCCGCAGUCUGAGCCGAGGUUGCCGCAGCGCCAGUAAUGUCGGGGCCCAGGCUGGAAGGACACGGCGUGGGGAGGCUGGGAGCCUGCAGGCCAACAAGGCACAAGUCAUCUCCCCCAGCAAACGGGUCCGGCCUGCGGAGGAGGGCGGCAUGCGGCUCCGCUUUGUCCGGCUUUCGGAGCACGCCACCGCUCCGACCAGGGGGUCCGAGCGCGCCGCGGGCUAUGACCUAUACAGUGCCUAUGAUUACACAGUACCACCUAUGGAGAAAGCCCUUGUGAAAACAGACAUUCAGAUAGCUCUUCCUUCUGGGUGCUAUGGGAGAGUAGCUCCACGUUCUGGCUUGGCUGCAAAACACUUCAUAGAUGUAGGAGCUGGUGUCAUAGAUGAAGAUUAUAGAGGAAAUGUUGGUGUUGUACUGUUUAAUUUUGGCAAAGAAAAGUUCGAAGUCAAAAAGGGUGAUCGAAUUGCACAGCUCAUUUGUGAACGGAUAUUUUACCCAGAAAUAGAGGAAGUUCAAGUGUGGGUCAUACAGAUGGAAUGCUUCUGGAGCUGGCAGCUCUUUUGGCCACCCAGUUCCUGGAAACACAGGAUGUCCGGAAGCAUGCAUAAAAGCAGCGGUGAUGUAGCUGGUACUGCUAAGAAGUGCCAGGUAUUGGAGGCCCAGAGAAAGGAUGAAGAGAGACAAGAGGAAGAAGAAGUAACUGAAGAACCAAAGAGAUUCAUGAUGCAGGAAAUGGCAAGGGGAUUUUCUUUAUUUGAGGAGGCACUGUUAGUUUUUGAGGCACAGGACCUGAACACAGAACGGUACACAAAGGUUGCAGCAGCCAUUCAGAAUGCAAUCCAGUGCUACUGUGUCAUCUACGACGAGAAUAAAAGAGCUACUACCCAGACACCACUGGAUCGUUUUUUCAAGAGGGUAGAUAGAAUUGAAUCCAGCAAGGAACCAGAACCUCUGCCAUCAACGUCAGGCGUGAGUGAAAUUGCAUCUUGCCCUCCAUCUCCUAUUGCUGACGAUCCUUCAGCUCUACCAUCUCCCACCUCCUCUCCCUCCUCCAAUCAGUAACUCUUCUUGCCUGUUCACUCGAUGCCAGCCCCUGUGUGCCAGCUGUUGUGCUAUACUACUGUAUUUUUCAAGGUA